GUUUUUAUCCUACCUUUAUAUAUUGUCUUAAUUCCUGAGGUCAUACCAGAACCAGUAUAAUUUGCAAACGAUUUCGCGAUGUUUCGCAUUAGAUCAGAUUUCACAGGCCUCGUGUAUUGUUUGUUUGGGAUAAGAACACACGUGGCUCAGGCAGUCAACGGAUGCCUGUCUGAAAAUAAUCCUUCACUUGGAUGUUGCAUAGUAUUUGCACUGAUAGGCUACUUGCGCAUUUUAAAUGUUUAAAUGACUUAAUGCUUUGUUCUAAACUAGGCCUAUUGCUGACUUAACAAAAAAUCCCUCCCUUGUCUAUAGUUUUUCUUCUUUUUUUUGGCGCUUCAUAUUUUUGCUUCAGUUUUUGCACAAAGCCGUGUUUGCUGGGAAGAAGAAGUACAGUCAGGAUUGGGGCUUUGAAGACGAAGGGGGCAAUCUGAAGAGGUCCUUGGAACAAGAAAACAAGAUCUCCAUUUGGGACAUCCAGUUUUUCUCACUGCAACGUGAACUAACCGAUAAGAAUCUAACUGAGAAAAUCUUCCUCCGGAGACAAUGGCUGACGAUGAGAUAUUUGAUGAUCCAGAGAAGCUGAAGAGGGGUCUAGUGAAGGUUCUGGAGUGCGUGGCCACCAUCUCAUCUGCAGCAGCGGUGGUCAAUCCCAUCUUCGGCGUGGCUGGUUCUCUCAUCCAGGUGGUGCUACACCACGUGGACGAUGAAGACAUCCAGAAACUCAAACAUGAGUUUGGCAGCGUGAAUCGAGCCCUGGAUGAAAUCUCACAGCAGAACAGUCAAGCCCUGCUGCAAAUCAGGAAGGAAACAGUGGACAAACAGUACCACGAGGUGGAAGAAAACAUUCGCAAUCAGUUCCGCAAAUUCAUGGAGAUCGUGGAGGCCAAACCGGAGCAAGUGCAACGCAAGAAGGAUGAUUUUGUAGAGAGUUUCAUCAAUGACAAAGAUGACCAGAACAUGUACACGCUUUACGAAGGUGUGAUGGGGAAGCGCAAACUCUUCAGCCAGCCCAUCCUAGACAUCUACAUAAAGCAUUCGCAGGGUGACCAGCAUGUCAUGGAAAACCUCUGCACUCGACUCGCGUACCUGUUCUGCAUCGGUUUCAUCGCUCUGAUGGGCUACUACGGCAUCCUGGGGGAUGAUCUGGAAUCUCGAAACAAAGAGUGGGAAGAGAAUAUGAGGAACGUGCAGGAGAAAAUGCAGGAGGUGCUGAGGAGAUGCAAGUGAUCGUGAAAGCUUUAUUGCCUUUGUGCUUUACCUUUUCCUCUUACACUAAUAGAUUUUAUCGACCUGCAGCGUUAUCUCCCUGAUGACCGCAGGUCAUGCUGAAGCGUACACAAUCAUUUCCUGUAAUCUAUUUUAUGUAAUCCUGUUUUGUUUUUUCUAUAUGCCUUGCCUCAGUUUAACUACAUGACCAAGAUAUGUCACACUAAUCUAAAGAAUGCUGGUUGUGGUUAUAUAAACGUAAUUUAAGCUAAUAAGCAGUUUCACCUUGAAAGUUUACUACAUGAUGAACAAUUGUUUCCUGAAUAAAUACAUAGUAUAUACACAUGUAUUCAAUAAAAUACAUAUAUAAUAUCUCUAUAUAUAUAUAUUCAUAAAUGUUGCAAAAUAAAGAGCAUGAAAUUUA